AUGAUAGUGAAAGGACUCGGAACCGGAGUACUAGUGCAUGGGACAGAAUCCGACAGAUACACGACAGGUGUCAAAAAAAUCAGUCCAAAUUCUAGCCCCUCAACGCCAACUGCCAUCGACGAGAAAACCCAGGUUGGAAAGAAGACUUUUGGUAUACACUCCUGCGCUUCUGCGUGGAAAAAUAUUCUCCUUUUCCACCUGCAGAGCAAGCAUACGAAUCUUUUUAGCGCUAUUCUCUCAUUGAUCGAACGACAACGAGACGGCGAGACAAUUGAUCAAGCUCUUGUGAAAAUUGUGAGAUGCCAUUCUUGGAUGCAACAGAGAUGUAUCGCAAGCCAGGUCCUGGCCAACAACUUACUCGACUAUCUGAAAGAUGCAGGACACACGUGGAAGAAGCUCUUGAGAAAGCGCGAGCAUAUGCUGAUCCAAUCAAACCCCGACUUCAUCCAGGAGACCUUCCGAAGGUUGCUCAAUUUUGACAAAGAAGCAGACCUGCAGUCGAUGCAUACGUUGUUGUUGCACACAUACAACCUGGAGCCUUUGAGAAAGCAAUAUGAGGAACACGCCAUGCAGGCGGGUCUAGCGGCUGUUGUGAUACUCUUGGGUGAAAUAUCAGAGGGAGAGGAUUCAUUGGAUCCCAAAGCGUACAUCGACAUGCUACUUGAGGUCUGUCACAAGUACUUGGGAACUGUUUCUACGGAGAGGCCGGCUUCGUCAAUUCACUCGAUAAGACGUGCAGAGAGUAGUGCUUUUCAGACCUUCUAUGCCACGCAAUUUUCCAAGCGCGUCCUUCGCAGCAUAUCUGCAUCGGACGAGAGUGAAGCGAGCAAGAUCCCCAAGCCGAAGGAAAUUCGUGGUUUGGAGUACACCCACAAGAUGUAA